CCUAAUUCUCUCUUUUCCCCUAAUUCAAACAUAUUUUAACAUUACCUUUGACCCAUGCUUGUCCCUUUAAUUCCCAUAUCAUAAUUUACAACAUAUAUAUAUAUAUAUAUAUACACUCACACACACAUUACUUAUAUUGGUAUAACAACAAGUUAACACAAAAUCAUAUUAUUCCCCAAUACAACAAACAUAUUCAUCAAAUUGAUUCAAAUAUUUUCUAAAACAAAUUAUACAUAUUUUUGUAGAUCAUGAGCUCGUUGUGGAGGCGGAGGCGCGGGGGAAAAAGCAACCGGCGAGAUGAAAUAAAUUCAGGUAGAGAAGUCCGCGUUCCCACUCAUUUCCAAUGCCCCAUUUCUCUGGAGUUGAUGAAGGACCCGGUGUCGUUGGCCACCGGCAUAACGUACGACCGGGAGUCCAUCGACAAGUGGCUCGACGCGGGGAACGUGACUUGCCCCGUGACAAACCAAGUCUUGAGAAACUCGGAUCAAAUCCCCAAUCACGCAUUGAGAAAGAUGAUCCAGGAGUGGUGCGUCGACAACAAAUCCCACGGAGUUGAGAGGAUCCCAACUCCUAGGGUUCCCAUCAACCCGUACGAGGUUUCCGACAUCUGCUCGAGAAUGGCGGCGGCCGUGAGAGGCGGCGACGACAGAAAGUGCCGAGAACUGUUGACAAAAAUCAAGAAUUGGGCUAAGGAGAGCGACCGCAACAGGCGAUGCCUCGUGGAGAAAGGGAUCGGGGCAGAGAUGAUGGAGGCGCUGGCGCGAUUUUCAAUGGAGAAACAUGCGGAUCUGCUCAAGGAGAUGUUGUCUGCAUUGACAUGGAGCUUCCCUCUCGGAGUUUCCAAGCUGAAAUCGCCGGCCACGCUACGUUGCAUGGCGCGGUUCUUGAUGGGCGACGACCUCGCCUCGAGGCGAGACGCCAUUUUGGUGUUGAAAGAGCUCCUGAUUAAUUCUGAUGAUGGAGCUAGUGUAGUGGAAGGACUAAUGGGGAUUGAGGAGACGCUGUUCCAAGUAGUGAAAGUACCGAUUUGCCCUCGCACGACGCAGGCAUGCCUAGUCAUCAUUCACCACAUGAUGAUGGUCUCAGAUGAAAAGAUGAGAUCGAGGUUUGUCCAAUUAGGGCUGCUUGCGUUGCUUCUCGACAUUCUCGUGGAUGGGCAUGCCAGUAAGAAGGCAUGCGAGAAGGCGCUGGCCGUCUUGGACGAAAUGUGCAGCUCGGAACAAGGGAAAGAGAGCGCGUGGGGGAACGCGCUGACCAUCCCUAUAUUGGUGAAGAAGAUUCUGCGCGUCUCAGAUAGGGCGACGGAGAGUUGCGUUUCGAGCCUCUGGAAGGUGUGCUUGGGAGGGAAUGAGGAAGGGCUGGUGGAGGCGGUGGCAGUUGGGGCUUUCCAGAAGCUGUUGGUGCUGCUGCAACUUGGCUGUGCUGCCAAAACAAAGGAGAAGGCGAGUGAGUUGCUCAAGUUUAUGAAUGUGUAUACAAACAAGGUUCAGUGCUUUGACUCAUCUAUGGGAUUCAAAUAUGUCAAAAGCCCAGCUUAAUUACAGCAUCACAUAUCUAUUUCUUUUUACGUAUUUUCUUCGAUUCGAAUGUACAGGAAUCGAGAGAAAUCAAUACUCACCAGUAUUUACACUGUUCGUGUGUGGUAUAUGGGGGAAAACUAGAAUUAAAAGAUGGAGUAUGAUUCUAUGUUUGGGCGUAGAUUUGUCUGUAUGAGUAACUUAUCAAUUAAAUAUUGUUUGCUCAUACCAAGCCAAGGCCUGA